AUGGCAGCAGCAGCUUCGAGCAGACGGACGACUCGUUCGAGGUCGAAGAGCCAAUCGCCGGUUCCAACAACGCUUCCCGAGGAGGACGAAUUGGACGACGGCGACGACAAAGCGGUAGGGGUGACCAAAGAAGGAAAAAAGGAGAAGAAAAAGAGCGGUUUGAAGAACAACAGCAACGGCAAGAAAAGAGAGAGCGCGGAAGGAGGAAACGAAGGAGGAGGAGGAGGAGGAAAAGAAUCGCGGGAGAACAACGAGGAGGAGAACAACAACAAUAAGAAAGCGAAGAAAGAGGAGAAAGAGGUUGAUGAAGAAGAGGCAGAGGAAGACCCGCUGCUGUCCGGAGGAGGUGGUGGGAGCCGACGAGCGAAAGUAGAUUACGCCGCCGUCGCGGCGGCGGCGACUGGCGGCGGCGGCGGCGGCGGCGGCGGCUUCGUGAUGAAGAAGAGAACGACGACAACCGAGGAACCGACGACGACGACACCGACGCCGGCUACGAAUGAUGUCGCGGAAGAGAGGCAGGUAACGAAUGUGCCGCCGCCACCUUCAAGUGCCACGACUGCGAAUGCCACCGCUGGUGGUGGUGUUCCAGAUCAAGCGUCGGUGAACGCGAUGGUGGCGCAGGCGCAGGCGAAAGCGGCGGAGUUGGCGGCGAUGGCGAUGCGAGCAGCAGGAAGUGGUGUUGGUGGUGGUGGUGGUGUCGGUGUUGGUGGUGGAGGAGAUGCAGUUGGUGGUGGUGGUGGUGGAGCCAGAGGAUCUGCCGCUGGAGCAAACGCGGCGCCCUUGAAAGUGGAAUUUCGUAAAUUCGACGCGUCUCAGCAAACGUUCGUGCCUCCGGGCGAAGCGCAGAAUAACUCUACCAAUCGGUUCGGAACUGGACCUUCCGAUAACGUUUACGAAGAAACUCGAACGGUGAAAUUGGACUGCCCGCAGUCUUUAGUCGGUAAAAUCAUCGGUAAAGGUGGGGAAACUAUUAAAGGGUUAGCAUCGACAACUGGCGCGAAAGUUAUCAUCGACCAGAUGUCCAUGGCGGACGGCGAACCGAGGAAGAUUGUCAUCACCGGAACGAAUACGCAAAUUGAAAAAGUAUCAAAAAUGUGCGAAGAUAUCAUGAAUGGACCACACGGGACGGUCUCCGCGGUCCAAGCCGCGCAACCCGGGGCAAUUGUCGUAAACGUAGAGUGUCCAAAAGAGUGCGUCGGAAGAGUCAUCGGUCGAGGCGGAGAAACGAUUAAAGGCAUUCAGUUAGCUACCGGCGCUCGAGCGCAAAUCGACCAGACGUGUACGCCAUGUUUGGUCAUUAUUUCUGGCGACCCGCAAUACGUAAACGUGUGUCAACAAGUCGUCGUAGAAAUCAUCAACGGAGGUUCCGUCGCGCAAUUUAACGACCUCGCUCGACAACAAAUGAUGGGCGGCGGUGGAAUGAUGAUGAUGGGCGGCGGUGGCGGAGGUCAAUCGCAGCAGCAACAGCAGUUGUACCAGCAACAACAAUACGCCAUGCAACAAGCGAUGAUUGCGCAGCAACAACAGUACUAUCAACAACAACAACAGCAGCAGCAACAACAACAACAACAACAGGCACAACCGAUUCCUUUGCGCAAAGUUGGAGACUGGCAAGAGUUGGACGACGGUUCCGGGCGGAUAUAUUAUUAUUCCUCGGCGACCGGAACAUCCACCUGGGACAAACCCGACGGCUUUUAG